AUGGAUUGGUAUCGUAACGAAAAUUGUCAAAUAGUAUCCGAUAUUGUUAAAGGUAUUCGUAAAUUUAAUAUUGAUGUUCAAUUGGUUGUUGCUGAUUUACUAGCUAGCGCUAAAAUUACUUUUAUUAAUGGUCAUGCUGGUUAUUAUGCUUGUGGAAAUUGUUUACUUGAAGGAAGUCGAUGUUUACGUCAUCAGCAUAUAUUAUAUACGUGGUCUGAUUAUUUUCGAGCUCAACCUCAUAUUCGUACACAAGAAAACAUUGAUUCUUGUGCAGUGUAUGCCGAACUUUCAGGUAAAAAAUCUUAUGGCGUGCACAAGUCAUCAUUAUUAUCUCAAAUUAUAUCAAUACCUCAUGAAUGUGUAUAUGAUUAUUUUCAUCUUAUAUAUGAAGGAUAUAUGGUGAUGCUACUCAAAGAAUCGAAAUUAUUAUUAAAACAAAGGGUCAUUUUUCAUAUUGUUAAUUUUUCUAAAGUUAAAUCAUUAUAUCGUGAUGGCAUGACACCAUUAGUUAAAUCAACUAGCCGUAAACGAUGGCAACGUUUACCAACACGAAAUGUUUUUUAUUAUCGUUGUCCUGAUCACCGAAAAAAUUAUGUUAUGUCAUUUACGUUUUGUUUUGAUCGUGAAGAUGAUGUUUAUCAAUUUGCUUAUUCAUUUCCAUAUACAUAUACUAAACUUCAAAAUUAUCUUGAUAAUAUUGAAGAACGUCAAUUAGAUUAUGUUCAACGCCGACCAUUAGUUUUUAGUGUGCAAAAACGACGACUCGAUCUUGUUACUGUUGCUAAUCCAUCAUUAUUAAUUAAAGGAAAAAGAAAAAAAGUUGUUAUUGUAACAGCUCGUGUACAUCCUGGUGAAACUCCAUCAUCUUAUGUAUGUCAAGGUUUUAUUGAAUUUAUAACAAGUGAUCAUCCUAUAGCAAGAUUGCUUCGAGAUAAUAUUGUUUUUUAUAUUGUGCCUAUGCUUAAUCCUGAUGGAGUUUUUCUUGGUAAUCAAAGAUGUUCAUUACUUGGUUUUGAUCUUAAUCGUGUUUGGAGUGAUCCGUCACACUGGGCACAUCCAGAAAUAUUUGGAAUUAAAAAACAUAUAAUGGAUCUCAAUGAAGAUCCAGAUGUUGAAGUUGACUUUUUUAUUGAUAUUCAUGCACAUUCAACUAUGAUGAAUGGUUUUAUGUAUGGAAAUAUUUAUGAAGAUGCAAAUCGUUUUGAAAAACAUGGUAUUUUUCCACGAUUAUUAUCUCGUAAUGCAGAAGAUUUUUCAAUGACUAAUACAUCAUAUAAUCGAGAUACAUUUAAAGCUGGAACAGGAAGACGAACACUUGGUGGUUGUUUACAAGAAAGUACACAUUGUUAUACAUUAGAAGUUUCUUUUUUUUCAUAUCAAACAUCCACAAAUUCACAAGCAAUACCUUAUACAGAAGAAUUAUAUGAACAGCUCGGACGAAAUUUAGCUCGAACAUUUCUUGAUUAUUAUAAGAGUAUUAAUUAUAUUUCAUGGUCGCCUAGUUGUAGUAUCAUGCCAAGAUUGAAAGAAGAUCGAAUUAAAUCUCGUCUUACACGACAAUCGACUAACAUGCCGAUUGUCAAUCAAGAUGAAGCAUUUCUCAAUAGUGAAACAUUCAAUUUGAGUAUGGGAGAAUUUAUCUAUCCACAAACUCGCAAUAACAAUGACCCUGAAUAA